AUGUCAGGCGGACAGCGUUUUGGGGUCGUCCACAGCUGCGAAGCGGUGCAGCACAGAAGCUUGGGAAGGGAGGGAGCGGAAGCACUAUGGGGCAUGCCAUUGGGAAUCUUGCAGAGGGAUUGCGGGUUUCCGUCACAACAACGUCCUCCACAACAACCAUUUCCGCAAGAUUGGCAACGCCGGGUGAAGGUUUGGUUCGACCAGCCUGGUGCCAAGAAGACUCGCCGCAACAAGCGUCAAGCGAAGGCUGCUGCACUCGGUCUGCGUCCCGUAAAGUCUCUUCGUCCCGCUGUGCGAUGCCCGACAUUGAAGUACAACACCAAGCUCCGUGAGGGACGUGGUUUCACUGCAGAGGAGAUCAAGGCGGCCGGUCUCGGAAAGAAGGCCGCUCGUUCUAUCGGCAUUCCUUACGACCACCGCAGGCGCAACAAGAGCGAGGAAAGCCUCAAGCUCAACGCUGACCGCAUCAAGGCCUACCGUGAACGCGUCGUCUUCAUUCCCAACAGGAACAAGAAGAACAAGGGCAAGAUUCCCAACGUCAAGGAGCUCGCUACCGAGCGCAACGCUUCUGCGGCAUUCCCCGUGCCUGCCGGCAUCGUUCCCGAGGCACCUCGUGCCAUUACAGCCGAGGAGAAGGAGGGCUCUGCGUACCGCACUUUGCGAGACGCCCGCGCCAAGCACCGCAACGAGGGCGCGAGAGUUGCUCGCGUCAAGAAGGCCGAGGAGGAGGCCGCCGCUGCGAAGAAGUAG